CUUUAGCCGGACGGUCUGGAUACUGACGAAAGACCGUUUUUGCCCUGGAACAAGAAGGAGCUUCUAUUGAGAUUCCACCUCACUACAGUAAUCAAACGAGAAAGUUCGGGAUUCUGGUUGAGCGAGGGGAAAAUGAUGGCUGAACACGACAACGUCGGCGGAGGUUAGAGUGCGCACGCCGGAGGCCAUCGCGUGAGCGGGUCACUCAAACUGAAAACUACACUUGUAGGUUAUUCACGACCAAUUAAAUCAACAAUAAGGAACCUGCUCACAGAACUAAUUGUAGUUAAUCUCACCUGCAAGAAAAUUGGACGAGACCUGUAAAUAAAAAAUAAAAAAAAGAUAAAUUCUACUUAGAUCCUUCUAAACGAUCUCAUAUCCACCCGAAAUCAGAAUCUUCAAAACUAUCAGAAUGUACUCAGUUCACAGAGCUAGCCGGGCACUGACUCCCCAACGCUUGACCCUUCGAACUUUUAAUUCAAGUUUCGGCACCGAUAUCCAAUAUAAGCCAAUUCGCAGCGUAUUAGUUGCCAACCGAGGCGAGAUCGCCAUUAGAAUUUUUCGAGCAUGCACAGAGCUCGGAAUUCGCUCGGUGGCGAUCUAUUCUGAGCAAGACAAGAUGCAGAUGCACAGACAAAAGGCGGAUGAGAGUUACGUAGUGGGUCGAGGUCUUCCCCCCGUCCAAGCUUACCUGAACGUUGCAGAGAUAAUAAAAAUUGCAAGAGAAAAUGAUAUCGACGCUAUUCACCCUGGGUACGGUUUCCUAUCUGAAAGAUCGGACUUCGCAAAAGCAGUUGUCGACGCUGGAAUCAGGUUUAUAGGUCCUAGUCCUCAUGUAGUCCGGCAGAUGGGUGACAAAGUGGCAGCUCGAGCUGCUGCAAUUGAAGCAGGUGUUCCAAUUGUUCCUGGAACAGACGGGCCAGUGACGUCUUCAGAAGAAGCCAUGUCUUUCUGUCAAAAACACGGUCUUCCAGUGAUUUUCAAAGCUGCUUACGGUGGUGGUGGUAGGGGGAUGCGCGUAGUCAAACAGAUGGAAGAGGUCAAGGAGAUGUUUGAACGAGCAUCCUCAGAAGCCCAAGCAGCUUUUGGCAAUGGUGCGUUGUUCAUUGAGAAGUUCAUCGAACGUCCGAGACAUAUUGAGGUUCAGCUCCUAGGAGACAAUGCAGGAAACGUUGUUCACCUUUACGAAAGAGACUGCUCUGUUCAAAGAAGACAUCAGAAGGUUGUGGAGAUCGCUCCAGCGCCUCGAUUAGAUUACAAAGUCAGAGAUAAGAUGACCGAAUAUGCUGUAAAAUUGGCGCGACACGUGGGGUAUUCAAACGCAGGGACUGUGGAAUUUCUGGUUGAUGAGAAUGGAAACUUCUACUUCAUUGAGGUAAAUGCGAGACUGCAGGUGGAACACACGGUCACUGAGGAGAUUACAGGAAUCGAUCUAGUGCAAUCGCAAAUUAGGGUUGCUGAGGGUAUGACCCUUCCUGAGUUGGGCAUGACACAGGAGAAGAUUUCUCCUCAGGGGUAUGCGAUCCAGUGUAGGGUGACUACUGAGGACCCUGCGAAGAAUUUCCAGCCGGACACUGGAAGGAUCGAAGUUUUCAGAUCCGGUGAAGGAAUGGGGAUUAGAUUGGACAGCGCUUCUGCUUUUGCUGGGGCAAUCAUCUCCCCAUAUUAUGACUCGUUAUUGGUAAAGGUUAUUGCCCAUGCUGCUGAUCUCCAGUCAUCUUGCGCGAAGAUGAACCGAGCUCUGAGGGAAUUUAGGGUUAGAGGAGUCAAGACUAAUAUUCCGUUUCUAUUGAAUGUACUGGAAAACCAGAAGUUUUUGAAUGGAAAUGUAGACACUUAUUUCAUUGAUGAAAAUCCACAGUUAUUCAAGUUUUUAUCCAGUCAAAAUAGGGCGCAGAAGUUGCUGAAUUAUUUGGGGAGUGUCUUGGUUAAUGGACCGAGUACACCACUAGCAACUCAGCUGAAACCUGCAGAGAUCAAGCCACAUGUUCCAGAGAUAGCUGUCGAUAGUUUGCAGCCACCUGAGGGCCUCAAACAAGUUCUAUUAGAGAAGGGACCAGAGGGCUUUGCCAAGGCUGUUCGUGAGCAUAAAGGACUUCUCCUCAUGGACACAACUUUCAGAGAUGCGCAUCAAUCACUCCUCGCUACGCGAGUUCGCUCCCAUGAUCUUCUGAAUAUCUCACCAUAUGUUGCUCAUAAAUUCUCCAAUCUUUAUGCACUGGAGAAUUGGGGAGGUGCCACUUUCGACGUUGCUCUGAGGUUCCUCCAUGAGUGCCCUUGGGAAAGAUUGACCGAAAUGAGGAAAGCUAUUCCUAAUAUUCCAUUCCAGAUGCUUUUGAGGGGCGCCAAUGCCGUUGGCUACACCAAUUAUCCGGAUAAUGUCGUCUACAAGUUCUGCGAUCUUUCAGUACAAUGUGGAAUGGAUAUUUUUAGAGUCUUCGACUCACUAAAUUAUCUUCCUAAUUUAGUCUUGGGAAUGGAAGCAGCUGGGAAAGCAGGCGGAGUUGUUGAAGCUGCAAUUUCUUAUACCGGAGACGUGUCGAAUCCCGUACGCUCCAAAUACAACUUGAAAUAUUACACAAAGCUCGCAGACGAGCUCGUAAAAGCAGGAACGCACGUGCUGUCCAUAAAAGACAUGGCAGGGCUCUUAAAACCGAAGGCAGCUACCCUCCUUAUCGACGCCAUCCGCCAACGUCACCCUGAUAUCCCCAUCCACAUUCACACGCACGACACAGCAGGUGCUGGAGUUGCUGCAAUGUUAGAGUGCGCUCGUGCAGGAGCAGAUAUUAUCGAUGUAGCAGUGGAUAGCAUGUCAGGGAUGACCAGCCAGCCCUCAAUGGGUGCGAUUGUGGCUUCUCUCCAGGGUACAGAAAACGAUACAAAUUUCAACCUUCGAGAUAUUUCUGCGUAUUCUGCUUACUGGGAGCAGACCCGUACACUUUAUGCACCUUUUGAGUGCACAACAACCAUGAAGUCAGGGAACGCCGAUGUUUAUCUCAGUGAAAUUCCUGGAGGACAAUACACAAACCUGCAAUUUCAGGCUUACUCUCUCGGUCUUGGAGAAUUCUUCGAGGACGUUAAGAAAGCUUACCGAGAAGCCAAUCUUCUUCUAGGAGAUAUCAUCAAGGUCACACCAAGUUCCAAAGUCGUUGGGGAUUUCGCCCAGUUCAUGGUGCAGAACAAAUUAACAGCUGACGAUGUGCUCAAUAAAGCGGAGGAGUUAUCCUUCCCAAAAUCAGUUGUGGAAUUCCUCCAGGGUGCUAUUGGGGAGCCGCAUGGAGGAUUCCCUGAGCCAUUGAGAUCCAAAGUGCUUAAGGAUAUGCCGAGGGUGAAAGGCAGGCCUGGAGCUAGUCUUACGUCUUUAGAUUUUGGGAAAUUGGAGAAGGAAUUACGAGAAAGCCAUCCAUCAAUUAACGAGAAGGACAUCAUGUCUGCUGCACUUUAUCCCCAAGUAACCGAAGAUUAUCUGACAUUUAGAGAACAGUUUGGUCCUGUAGACAAAUUGGAGACAAGGAUAUUUCUUACCGGACCUAAAGUUGGAGAGGAGUUCGAGGUCACGAUCGAGAAGGGAAAGACUCUAGGAAUAAAGACCCUGGCGAUGGCUGAGGAUUUGACACCCAACGGUGAAAGAGAGGUAUUUUUCGAGAUGAAUGGACAGCUGAGGUCGGUAUUCAUUAAAGAUAAGGAGGCUGUUAAGGAGUUGCAUAUUCAUCCAAAAGCAAACAAAUCCGAUAAAAAUCAAGUGGGAGCUCCAAUGCCAGGCACUGUUAUUGAUAUUAGAGUAAAACCUGGAGAUUCAGUGGAGAAAGGCACCGCUCUCAUUGUUAUUUCAGCUAUGAAGAUGGAGAUGGUGGUACAGGCACCAAAAGCAGGCACAAUCAAAUCUUUGGAUGUUGCUCAAGGGACAAAGAUUGAGGGAGAUGAUCUACUACUCAUAAUGGAAUGAAGGAAAAUUUCAAUGUUAUUCAAUGGCUAUAGGCGAUCCUAGUGGAACUGCUGCUAUCUUGGCUAUUCUAGGAUGCUGUCAUUUAUUACAUCAUCAAUUUUAGACUAUGAUACCAAACAGUUAUGGGAACCCGAGGAACACUUUUUAAUCAUUAUGAGAUGAAUCUAAUACAUAUUGUGAGUGAUGAUGAGAGAACAGUGGUGGGAUAAUGAUUUUGAUUAAGUGUAGCAUUGAUUCAUCAUAAUUGUGUUCAGAAACAUAGGAACUUGGAAUACAUUAAUGUAGCGAGCUGGUGGGGGACAGGAUCUGUCAAACAAUUUUGUACACUCAUAUUAUUAUAAAGAUAUCUAAGGAUAACUGA